AUGUUUGGUAAAGAUUUGACAACAGUUGGUAAUUUCAUAAUGGAAUCAGGUGAACUAUCUAACUCCAUGUCAAUGGUGUUAAUUAGUCUAAUACCGAAAAAAUCAAAUUCUACAAAAAUACAAGACCUUAAACCAAUCUCCCUAAUUAAUGUUACUAUAAGACUACUUAGUUCAUGGAAAGAAAAAGCUUUACAAAAGGUUAUUAGAAAACUCAUUAAUAAAAAACAACCAAGAGGAACUAGGCAAAGGAAUCCCUUGAGUCCUUUAUUAUUCAAUAUUUGUUUGGAAAUGUUGUUGCAAAGCUUGGAUGAGAAGUUGGAAGGGUUUCACCUAAAUGACAUACUAGGCAAGGGUGAUCUUGUCUAUGCCGAUGACUUAUUAAUAUUUUUGUCAAAUGAAUCAGAUCAAAGACAAUUCCAGACUUUAAUAAACAAGUUUGAAAUUGAUUCAGGACUUAAGGUAAGUAUAGCAAAAACUACAGUGUUUCAUCGUAUGGGAUUAGACUGUGACAAAAUUUUACCAUAUCAAUAUUCGUUGUUCAAUCAAGAAUAUUAUUAUCAUUUGGGUAUCCCUAUGAAAAUUUCACAAUUAGACUAUAAUCCCUGGAAGGAAUAUUUGAAAAGUAUCAAGUAUCAUAUUAAGUCUAUACCGAUUAUGGAUUUAAACAUUCUACAAAUAACUAAACUUAUGAAUGUUUACGUUUAUAGUAAGUUAUACUAUCGAGACUUGCAUUUUCCAAUGGAAAUUGAAGAUAUGAAACAAAUUGAAUAUACUAUACAACAAAAAACUUCCAGUAAGAAUAGCCAAAUCCAGAUUAGUGGCAGCAAAAAAGAACGGAAGGUUCGGGUUACUAAAUGUACAAAAUCGAGUACUUGGUCGAAGAGCAAAACAAUUAUACAAGAUAUAUGGAAGCUGAAAUCAUAUUUGGAUUAUUGUUUACAAUCUCAUGAGGAGCAACAACAAAAUAUAUUAGAUAUUGAAAACAAGGAGAUCAAUUCGGGGUCUUUUCAUCAUACCUCGAGGAAGAUGGUUUCGAAAGAAGCUUUAAUUCCAAGAAAUUGGUCGCAAUAUGAGGGACUCACGCUUACAAAAUUUGAGUGGCAGAUAUGGUGGCAACGUUUGAACCAUCAUCAAAUUGAACCAUUGGGUAGUCUUGAAUGUUUACAUUUAUUUACACUUGGGUACUAUAAUCACGAGCCAUAUUAUUCACACCAAUCUAGUAAUGAUUCUUGUCGUUUUUGUGAAUAA